GCAGGGAGCCCGAUGCGGGACUCAAUCCCAGGACCCUGGGAUCAUGACCUGAGCCGGAAGGCAGACACUUAACCAUCUGAGCCACCCAGGCGCCCAAUACCUCAGCUUUCUAAGGCAUUUUUAUGCAAAAAGCAGAAAGCAAAAUGGUUAAGAGUCAAGAGGCUUUACUUAACAUUCCAACCUAGGAUUGUGGCCAAGUUCUACCAAUGAUUAAAUAGGUAUUUCCGGGCUAAUGGCUUAAUAUGUGGCUCAAUUCUUUAUUUGUAAUAUAAGGUUAUAAUAAAUAGCACAGAAUUGUAGUAACACAUAAAUUAUAAAAAACAUGCAUGCCAUUUUAAAUGGUGCCUAGCACAUAGAAAGCCUUUAAUAAAUGGACCACUGCUCUGAUUUCUAACAGUGUAGAUUAACUUUACCUACUUUUUAAUCAGAUAGUAUAUAUUCUUUUGUGCCAGUCUUUUUCUAUCACUCUGCAUUAUGUUUCUGAGCUUCAACUGUGCUAUUGUAUGCCGCAAUAAUUUGUGCAUUUUCAUGGAUGUAUAGAUUUCAAUUGUGUUAAUAUUUACUUAUCUAUUUAUUUAUCUAUUUACUUCCCUAUUCUACUACAAGUGCUCAUUCCACUUGGGGGAUAGUACAAAUAACGCUACUAUGAAUAUCCUAAUUCUAACCCAUGUCUUUCGUAGCACUUGUACGUACUUCUGUUGACCAUAUACCUAGAAAUGGAAUUGCUGAACCACAGGGUAUACAAACAAAGGCAUGGUAAAAAGAGAUGUUAAUCUCUGUGAAAACAAAGCCUUCUAUGUUCAUGUGUGCACCAAUCUCCUGAGUUUUGUGAAGAAAAACAAAAUGGGGACAACACUCUGUGGAUGCUGAGGGAUGACCCGGUUGGUCCCUGAGGGUUCUUCAUCAGCAUUCUGUGAUAAUAAGAACGUGGACUUCUGCUCAUUAAAAUCCACUGGCCAUUGUGACUAACUGUCAGGAGGCUGGAUUCUGACUUCCAACCAUUGAUAUCUUUGUGAAAAUUGGUCUACAUCCACCCUUUAAAAGCACCAAUGAAUGCAUCAAAGCUUUUGAAAGCGAAGAAAAGUGGACACAUUUUAAUAAAAAAGAUGUUAAAAACAAACUGGAAGGAGACAAAACUGACCUUGCUAUUUACCUCCUAAGAACAAAUGUAGUUCCCACCUUCAUACGAGAAAAUGAACAGCACGUGUAUUGAAGAACAGCACGACCUGGAUCACUAUUUAUUUCCGAUUGUUUACAUCUUUGUGGUCAUAGUCAGUGUCCCAGCCAACAUCGGAUCUCUAUGUGUGUCUUUUCUGCAAGCAAAGAAGGAGAAUGAGCUAGGAAUUUACCUCUUCAGUUUAUCACUCUCAGAUCUGCUCUACACAUUAACUCUCCCUCUAUGGAUUGAUUACACUUGGAAUAAUGACAACUGGACCUUCUCUCCUGCCUUGUGCAAGGGGAGCGCAUUCUUCAUGUACAUGAACUUUUACAGCAGCACGGCCUUCCUCACCUGCAUCGCCGUCGAUCGGUACUUAGCUGUGGUCCACCCUUUGAGGUUUUCUUUUUUAAGGACAAGAAGAUUUGCCUUCAUGGUCAGCCUAUCCAUCUGGGUAUUGGAAACCAUGUUCAAUGGUAUUAUUCUGUGGGAAGAUGAAACAACUAUAGAAUAUUGUGAUGCCAAGAAGUCUAAUUUUACCUUAUGCUAUGACAAGUACCCCCUGGAGAAGUGGCAAAUCCGUUUCAACUUCUUUAGGACAUGUACAGGUUAUGCAAUACCGUUGGUCAUUAUCAUGAUUUCCAACCAGAAGGUCUACCAAGCCGUGCAGCAUAAUCAAGCCACGGAAAACAGUGAAAAGAAGAGAAUCAUAAAACUCCUUGUUAGCAUCACAUUGACUUUUGUCUUGUGCUUUACUCCCUUUCAUGUGUUGCUGCUGAUUCGCAGCAUCUUAGAGCAUGAUGGGAACUUCAGUGAACUUAUUUUUAAAGACCACAAGUCUGGGAAGCAGAUUUAUAAAAUGUAUAGAAUCACGGUUGCAUUAACAAGUUUAAAUUGUGUUGCAGAUCCAAUUCUGUACUGUUUUGUCACUGAAACAGGAAGAUCUGAUAUGUGGAAUAUAUUAAAAUUCUGUACUGGGAAGCUUAAUAACUCAAAAGGGCAAAGAAAAAACAUACUUUCAGUGUCUACCAGAGACACUGUGGAAUUAGAAAUCCUGGAAUAGAAGCAAAGAAUUUUUUUAAGGUACACAGUAUCAUAUCAUCAAGAUUACAUUUAGAAGAGGAAAUCAAGCAUGGGAGGGGAUGAAGUGUUCCAAUUGAAUAUUUUAAUCCUCUUCAAUGAAAAUCUUUUAGAAGUGUAUUGUAUGGUUCCCUGACUUUUAUUAAAUUGAAUAUUAAACAAAAUUUGAUAUUAUCCUAAUGACUCUAGAUCAUUAUUAUCGAUGGCAAUUGGUUUGUUUUGUUUUGUUUUGUUUUGUUUUUUUAUCCAUGCUAUAACCUUUUAGAGGUUAGUAGAUGUAUGGAACUCUGUGUCCUUGAUUCAGUGAGCUUCGUGUCUGGUUUUCAUGAUUUUUGUCACUCUUUCAUGGAUUUCAGACCACCAACUAUCACUUUUCUAAACUGUAUGUAUCUGUCUCCAACAACCCUAACUACUACAUACUGCUUCUAAUCUUCUCAUUAGGUAACAAAUAUUUAUUGAGCCCCCCCUAUGUACUAGGCUUUGUGUUAAGUACUGGGGUUACAAAAGAAAUGGUCUCAUGAAGUCUUAUGAAGCUUACAUCAGUUUGGAAACCUGGUAAGACCUUUUAUAAAGAAAAAGUAAAUAGGAGUCUGAAGGCCUCUUCCGUGAUAUAAAGCUCUGAGCCACAUGAAUGCUCUUUC